AUGAAUCUACGGAGACUGGAUCUUUGCUGCUGGCUCGCGACACUCCUUAAUUAUGCCUCAGCUGUCACUCUCCUGCAAGUUAUUCAGAACUACCCGGACCUCAGCAUCUUGAACACGUAUAUAAAUAAUUCGACGAACAUUACGAGUCUCCUGUCAAAUGCGAACAAUUUUACUUUCCUUGCGCCUAAUAACAAAGCAAUUGAUAGCUUCCUGAACAAUAAUCCGGAUAUACUGACAGAGGGGCUGCUGCAAGCGACAAUACAGUAUUCUCUGCUCCGUGGAGGAUAUCCUGAACUCUCUUUUAAGGAUACCCCUCAAUUCGUUACGAGUAACUUGGUCAAUGGGAGCUAUACCAAUGUUACCGCUGGCCAAGCGGUUGAGCUUGUGCUGGACAGCAAUGGAACACCCCAAGCCGUGACUGGGAAUAAGAGCAUCAGCACACCAGCCACAACGGAUAUCGUUUGCACGGGCGGCGUAGUUCACAUCAUGAAUGAAGUGCUUUCCGUGCCUGUCCCAGCCGUAUCGCAGUUCACCGCGUCCGGCUUAGAGUACUUCAUCUCGAUCCUGAAUGACGAGGGGUACUUGAACACGGAUAACGUAGGAUACGUUGAUACGGUGCUCGCGCUGCCAAAUAUCACAUACUUCAUCCCGAACUCAGCAGCAGCGCUCGCAAACGCCACAGCACUAGCUGCAAAAGUAUCAAGCGACGAAAAGAAAGCUGUGUUUGAAUACCACAUCGUUCCAGGCGUCGUAGAUUAUAGCACGGAUCUUACAAACGGGACGUCUUUGAAGACGGCACAGGGGGAAAAUGUCACUAUUACGGUCCAGGAUGGUGACGUGUAUGUCAAUAGUGCAAAGGUCAUCGCGUCGGAUAUUAUCGUUGCAAAUGGCGUGGUCCAUGUCCUUGACAAUCUUCUUGAUCGAAACGAUACCUCUCCACCUCCAAAGCCAACAGCCUCCAGCACCGCAUCCAGUACCGUCUCUUCCCCCACUUCGACCGGCAUCCCGACAGCCAGUGACGAUGCAAAAGCCUCUCCUUCUCACUCCCCAAAUUCCAAAUCCCUCAGCACCGGAGCAAUAGUAGGAAUAGCAGUUGGAGCCUCGGCCGGUGGUCUCCUCGUGCUCGCGGGCUUGAUCUUCUGGUUCUGUCGUCGGAGUGGGAAGCAGAAGCAGAAGAGGAACUCAGGAGUGUGGAGUGAUCAAAGCACCCAAGGUGGUGCGAAUAACGAGAAAGCAGCUUAUUCGCCAGGCAGACCUCAAAGGCCCAAAGUCAUGACGCAAGAGAAUGAGCUAGGGAUUGUAACGAAUAUUACUGGAGGGCGGGAUGUGGAUGAUAGGGAUAGGUAUGUGACGAAUUUGGAGCCGAGGAAGGAUGCACCGCAGAUACCAUAUCGUUCUCCUGAUCGACUUGUUCAGGGGCAGGAGUUUUUUUAA